GGAGGGAAAGGAGCAGCGGAGGGCGGGUGGUAACGACGCGCACGUUUCCCUUUAACUACCAGCCCGGGCAAGCUCUGGAGUCAAACCUUUGGCGGGCAGAGAACGGGGGUGACUUCAUCACGAGCGAGGACCGGGAGCUGGUAACGGCGCGGCAGAGAGAGAAAAUAUUCCCCAACCAGCAGCACUAUAUCGGUUUUCCCAGCCAGCCAGAUUCUGCACAGUCGCUCGCUGGCAGGAGGGAAAUUCAUCUGGCAAGCCAUGGCCCCUACGCACUUUCAGCUUCGCCCAGCAGCCUCCGAGCAAAGGAACCGAAUCUGGAGGCACCCGCUUCUGUUUUUGGGGUUUACCCUGUGGCUUUCUCUUCCCCCUCUAAGAUGCGCUGCUUUCAACCUGGACACUAAGUUCGUGGUUCUCAAGAAAGGCAAAACUCCCGACAGUUACUUUGGGUUCUCGGUAGCCCUGCAUCACCAAACGAAUCCGGACAGAUACCUGCUGCUUGCUGGAGCUCCCCGUGAUGUGUCUAACAAGUUGGAUAAUAACACACGGACGGGUGCCAUGUAUUCUUGUCUUUUGACUGCAGAUCCCAAUGACUGUACACGGGUGGACUUUCAGGUGAAAAGUGAACCCCGAAAUAAUAUUGUUGAAGACAUGUGGUUGGGGGUGAUGGUAGCAAGCCAGAGUAAAUCUGGGCGAGUGAUGGCUUGUGCUCACCGAUACACUAGGAUAUUAUGGGCUGGCAGCGAACAUCAGAGGCGCAUGGUAGGGACAUGCUAUAUCCAUGGUAAUGACUUGCAUCGUCAUCCGGAUGAUGAAUGGCAAACUAAUAAUGAGAUGUGUGCUGCCAACUCAGACUUGGACAAUACAGGCAUGUGCCAGAUGGGCAUCAGUGGUGGCUUCACAGACAACUUCAUCUAUUUUGGAGCUCCGGGAGCUUACAAUUGGCAAGGCACAGGUUAUGUGAGCUAUCCAGGAAUUUGGGACCAAGUGGAUUUAUCCUACCCAGAUCAGAAGAACGGCAACAGUUACAUAGGAUACACCGUUGAAGCAAGCACCGGUAUACUGCACAAAGAAGAGUUCUCUUUUAUUAUUGGGGCCCCCCGCUAUAAUCACACUGGAGCCGUCUUUGUGAUGGCAACUGAUGGUCGCAUGAAUCUUCAGAAGAGACUGAUGCUCACUGGGGGGCAAGUGGGCUCUUAUUUUGGCAGCUCCAUUGCUGUGGCUGACCUCAACAGUGAUGGGUGGCAGGACUUGAUCAUUGGAGCACCAUACUACUUUGACCAGAAGGAGGAGAAGGGUGGGUCUGUCUAUGUCUACAUGAACCUUGGGGGGACAUUCCCCAGCAGCCCCAACCUCACCCUGACUGGCCCCAGCAAUUCUUCCUUUGGUUUCUCUGUGGCCCACAUUGGAGACAUCAACAAAGAUGAUUUCCAAGAUAUUGCCAUUGGAGCACCCUUUGAAGGUUCAGGGAAAGUAUACAUCUACCUGAGUGGUGUAGGUGGCCUUGCUGGUAAGCCGCGUCAGAUCAUUAGCGGGGAAGAUUUUGAUCCUGUCAUCAAGACCUUUGGUUACUCCUUCAGUGGUGGAGAGGAUGUGGAUAGAAAUUCCUAUCCUGAUCUCCUGGUGGGAACCCUCUCAGAAAACAUCUUGCUGCUCAGAGCCCGUCCAGUGAUCAACAUCCUAAACAAGACUUUUACUGUUACUCCAAACCCUCUGGACCCAGCCAAAUGUACUCAGAAUUCUUGCAUGAAGGUACAGCUCUGCUUCUCCUAUACCCUAAGUGCUGGAGACCCCAAAUACAAGGAAGCUGUCAAGCUGGAUUACAUAGUGGAAGCUGACCAGGGCCGCCGACCACCUCGCGUAUAUUUUGCUGAGACCAAUUCUGCAGUCUACAAGGGACAGUUUUCCAUGCCAAGCAAGUGCCAAACCCUGGAAGUCCUUCUACAGGAUGAUGUGCGAGACAAGCUGCACCCCAUUGCCUUCUCUAUGAAGUAUUCUCUUGCAGAGAAGCCUAGGCGAUUCCAGUUGGGACCACGCUCUCUUAAUGGAUUUCCUGUUUUGAAUGAGGAUCAGCCUCGUGAAAACCACACUGAGAUUCAGUUUCAGAAGGAGUGUGGAACUGACAACCAGUGCAAGAGCAACUUGCAGAUCCAGGCGUUCUUUCUAAAUGAAAAAAACCAAAAGCUGCCCAGACAAGAUGGUGUGCAGGUCUUACAGUACAGCUGGGAAGUCAAGAAAGUGAACUUGAGCAUCAGUGUCACUAAUAAACCAACAUCACCUUUCAAUGGAGAGGAUGCUCAUGAGGCCCUCCUCAAUAUCACUUUCUCACCCUAUCUGCUGCCUUCUUCAGUUCGGCCGAGUGGGGCCUGCACAAUUAAGAAGACGGUGAUAUGUGAACUGGGCAAUCCCUUCAAAAGGAACCAGAAGGCAGAGCUGAUUAUCACAUUUGAAAUUAGUGGGAUUACCUUGAAUACCCAGAAUAUCACUGUCCAGGUUCAGCCUUCCACGAUAAGCUCUCAAGAAGAUCUCCAACUAGCAACAGCAGUUUUGUUAGUGGACUACACAAUUGAUGCAUCGCUAAGCAUACUCAACCGAUGGCUCCAGUCAUAUUUUAGUGGGAAAGUCAUGGGAGAAUCAGCCAUGAAACAUGAACAAGAUGUUGGCAGUCCCAUUGAGUUGGACUUCCAGGUGACUACAAAGAGUGAGUCUUUAAGUUCUCUGGGAACCAUCAUAUUAGGCUUUGAAUGGCCUUAUGAAGCCAGCAGUGGAAAAUGGCUGUUGUACCCCACCGAAAUCCUGGUAAAAGGGAAUGGAACCUGGCACUGUGAACCGUCUGGGCAGGUCAUCAACCCCCUCAACCUCACUCAAAUAGAUCACAGCAUUUCCCCAGCACGGAGAAAGCGUGAGUUGCAGGCAUCUCCAAAGGCUGAACUUCCCAUCACCUUGGCAGCUUCAAAGAAAGCCAGAUCAGAAACUGCACUGAGCUGUUCCAAAGGAACGUCUCAUUGCAUCUGGUUUGAAUGCCCCCUGUGGGAUAUCGGAGCAGUGACAAACGUGAAGGUCCGAGCACGGGUUUGGAACAGUACCUUCAUUGAGGAUUACAACAACUUUGAUCGUGUCAAGGUAGAUGGACAAGCGACACUCUUCCUCAGGACAAACUCCUCUACAAUCAACAUGAAAAAUCACACAGUGUGGUUUACCGUGGACAUCGACUCAGAACUGAGUGAAGAACAGCCAGCCGAGAUUGAGCUGUGGGUGGUGCUGGUUGCUGUUGUGGCAGGACUUCUGCUUUUGGGCCUGAUCAUCUUACUGCUGUGGAAGUGUGGCUUCUUCCGGCGGGCAAGCACACGAGCCUUGUAUGAAGCCAAGGGCCAGAAAGCCAUGAUGAAGAUCCAGCCUUCUGAAACUAAGCGGCUGACCGACAGCUACUAGUUCCUGUCUCAGGGGGGGACUCUGCCCACCCCUUUGCCCUGUAUCUUGUGCAACUUUUUCAAGCCAACCCGCUACUACCGAAUCAUGCCCAAGUACCACGCCAUUCGCAUCCGGCAGGAGGAGCGCUACCAGCCAGCUGGCGGUUU